AUGGCUACAUUGAACUUCGCUUUGAAAAACAACACCGGGUCCGGCACGGUCUGGGCCUACAUUACAGGCCAGGCGCUUGAUAAUCACAAUGCGCUUUUCCUCUUGCGAUCUGAUGGCAAGACAGCCUACUACCCAACCUCACCAUCGUCCACUAUGAGCGACCUGGGUGCGGAUUGUGCAAUUCCGUUGGGCGCACCUGGCAGUACUAAGACGAUCACUAUUCCGCACCUGGCAGGCGCACGGCUGUGGUUCGCCCAAGACAAGAAAUUGACAUUCUAUCUGAAUCCUGGCCCUGCCCUUGUUGAGCCUUCGGUAUCCAACCCAGCAGAUCCUAACUAUAAUCUCACCUGGGCCUUCUGCGAAUUCACCUGGAAUGACUUCCAGCUUUAUGCGAAUCUCAGCUACGUCGACUUCGUGUCCAUGCCAAUAGCGAUGACCCUAACCAACAAAGCUGGUGCAACCCAGACCGUCAAGGGUUUGCCAGCUAAUGGUCUCGAUCAAGUCUGCAACGCUCUCAAGGCCCAGAACAGCAAGGAUAAUGCUGGCUGGGACAAGCUCAUAAUCCAGAAAAACGGGGUCAACUUACGGGCCGUUUCUCCAAACACAGGAAGGACCCUCAAUAGUUCUUUGUUCAAUAACUACUACGAAGGUUACGUGAAUGAAGUCUGGUCUUACUACGCAAACAACACCAACAAUACUCUGACAGUCAAUACGCAAGCUAGCGCCGGUGAUGUCACAGCCAAGGUUUCCUCCGAUCUCUUGUCCUUCUCCGUUCCAGGUAUCUCCUACACCAAGCCGUCUACUGGAGACAUCUUCAGCAACAGUUCUGGCUCCUUUGCAGUUUCUGGGAAUGCAACCAAAGACGCUAUUACGGCUCGUCUCGCGGCUGCGUUCAAUCGCUCAACCCUGUUGAUAAAUGUCAACCAGCCGAACGGGGAGUCGGUCUCAAACUAUUACAAGCACCCUGUAACAAACCACUACUCGCGCAUUUGCCAUGAGGUCAGCCUCGAUACUCGGGGCUAUGCAUUCCCCUAUGAUGACGUUGCGCCUAACAACGGCCCCGAUCAAUCUGGCAGUGUUUAUGAUGGUAACCCACAGCUCUUGACAGUCACCAUUGGCAGCAGCUCUAGUACUUCUGCCAAGAUGUCUACCGUUGAGGAGGCUACGCCAGUCCAGCAGCCUCUGGAGAAUGGAUCCCAGCGACCCGUGGAGAAUGGACAGAGCAAGGAUAACGAAAGCAAGCCAAGCCGCUUCCACGGCCUGAGGAGGUUCGUGGAUAAGCUGUCGCGCAGGAAGAGCAACCCUUGA